AUAUUUGAUCCUGACUUCUCUGAUCCUCCCCUUCUUCCAGUUUCCCCUUCUUAUCUCCUGAUAAGACAUAUCAUGCAGAGACACUCUGCACAUGCUCAGUUUUUUUUCUUGGGCGAGUGCAUGGGAUCAGCACAGGGCCAAUCAGCACUGUCCAGACAGUGGUCAGGGGUUCUGCAUCUUCCUAGAGCAGAAAGAAAACUCCUCCUACAACUUUAACCAGUGCUCUGCUGGACACUGAUAGAAGUCACAAGACUGCUCCAACUGCUGAUGAGAAAAAGUAUUUAGCAAUUUGUAUUUACUAA